AUGGAGGCCGUUGAAAGAAGGCCCUUUUAUCUCUACAGUAAACCUCAGAUAACUAGAAACGUCGAGGCUUAUAAGGAAGCUUUGGAGGGACUGAAUUCGAUUAUCGGAUAUGCAAUUAAAGCCAAUAACAACUUCUUGAUUUUACAACAUUUGAAGAAUUUGGGUUGUGGGCUGUAUUGUGAAUUCGAUUUGGAUAACAUUGUUUCUGCUGCAAGAAUCGCAGGGAAGAAGGUUAAUGUAUUGCUUAGAAUCAAUCCAGAUGUCGACCCUCAGGUCCAUCCUUAUGUUGCAACUGGAAACAAAAACUCCAAAUUCGGUAUAAGAAACGAGAAAUUACAAUGGUUUCUAGAUGCUGUGAAGUCAUACCCCGAUGAACUUACGCUAGUUGGCGCUCAUUGCCAUCUUGGAUCCACCAUCACCAAGGUUGACAUUUUCAGAGAUGCUGCAUCAAUUAUGGUGAAGUUUAUAGACGAAAUUCGAGCUCAAGGAUUUGAUAUUAAUUAUUUAAAUAUCGGAGGUGGUCUUGGGAUUGAUUAUUAUCAUACUGGUACUGUUCUUCCUACACCCAGGGAUCUCAUUGACACAGUUAGGGAGUUGGUUUUGUCGCGAAAUCUUAAUCUGAUAAUUGAACCUGGGAGGUCGCUAAUUGCAAAUACUUGUUGUCUUGUGAAUCGUGUCACGGGUGUGAAAACAAAUGGCACAAAGAACUUUAUUGUGAUUGAUGGAAGCAUGGCUGAACUUAUUCGCCCUAGUCUAUAUGAUGCUUAUCAACACAUAGAAUUGGUUUCACCUCCAUCACCUGAUUCUGCGGUUUCAACCUUUGAUGUGGUGGGCCCCGUUUGCGAGUCAGCUGAUUUCUUGGGGAAGGACAGGGACCUUCCUUCUCCUGCCAGUGGUUCUGGGCUUGUAGUUCAUGAUGCAGGUGCAUACUGCAUGAGCAUGGCAUCAACUUACAACCUCAAGAUGCGUCCACCUGAGUAUUGGGUUGAUGAAGAUGGAUCUGUGGCGAAAAUUAGGCAUGGGGAGACAUUUGAAGAUCAUAUGAGAUACUUUGAGGGACUCUAGAUCUUAAUCUAACUUUGAUGGAAGGCCUUCAUCUUUUACUCUGUUUUUGUAUCUCGGAUUCAUGAAUUUUAAGGUUUCAAGUUCUGGUAAUGUCGAAUUC